UGCUGUACUAUUCUCAGGAAAAAGGCUCAUUUGUUAAAAUUAUUUUUUGAGCAUAAACAACAGCGUUUCAGAUAUUUGUAAAAUGUCAAUAAGAAAUGGGAUCAAUCCUUCUUCUAUUAGUAGCACAAUAGUAGAGAAAUAUUUAUAUUUUCCAUUUCAGUGAUGAAAUAAUGAUUAAAAAUAGACGGGUACCUGAAAAAGUAGUAUGUGAAUGUUGUGGGAAGAGUUUUACAUGGAAGUCAAAUCUCCAAAGACACAUUCUCAGUGUUCAUGAACAAAAGAAAAAUAUAAAUCAAAAAGAAUAUGCAUGUGACAUAUGCUCAAGGAAAUUUUCAAAAAAGUUCAAUUUAAAUCGUCACAUUUCCUUUCAUAGGAAAAAUAAUAAUACUACUUCUAAUACAACACAACCUAUACAUUGUUGUAUGUGUAGUUACACCAGUCCGCUCAAAACUAUCUUAUUGGAACAUUAUAAUAGUUGCCAUGGAAUAGAAUUGUCUGUGGAGAAACUGAAAUUCAAAAAUACUGAAGAAUUUGAAUCUUGGAAGGAAGGUAUAGAAAAAUCUGAUGUUUCCAAGUAUGUUUUGCAGCAGUCCCGUAAACAAACUGAUACUAACAUCCUCCAGUACUACCACUGUCAUCGUGAUGGAUUCUACAAAAAAAGUGGAAAUAACAUAAGGCGAUUGAAACUCACAGGAAGUAUCAAGAUAAAUACCCACUGUCCCUCAAAAAUGAAUAUUAUAAUUUCUAAGGUUACUGGGGAGGUAUCUGUGAAAUUUGUGAGGCAACAUUUAGGUCACAAAAUGGAAUUGGAAAAAAUACCGCUCUCUAAAAAAACACAAGAUAAUUUAGCAGAGAAACUGAAACAAAAAAUCCCAUUUGACGAAGUCUUGAAUGAUGUUAGAGAUAAUGUUGUUGUUGAAAACUUAGAUAGACUUCAUUUAUUAACUAGACAAGAUUUAUUCAACAUUGAACGUAAAUAUAAUUUGAGCAAAGACUGCGUUAGACACUCAAAUAAUUGCAGUAGUGUUGCAGCGUGGGUUGAAAAAGCCAGACAGAAGUCAUAUUAUUCUGUUGUUAGAUUUUAUAAGGGACAAGGAGAAGAAAGUGAUAUAUACAGUGACGUGAUAGAACCUCAAGAUUUCCUUCUGAUAAUUAUGAACGAAGCCCAGCUGAAUGUGUUCAAAAAAUAUGGAAACUAUUGUGUCUGUGUUGAUAGCACUCGCAGAUUGAAUCCGCUUGAUUUUGAAUUGAUAACAGUGAUGGUUCCGUAUGAAGGGGGUGAAGGUUUUCCUUGUUUAUUUGCAUUUACAAACAGAAGUGAUACCGCAAUUUGCAGAUUGAUUUUUGAAAUUUUGAAGAGUGAUUUGGGGGAUUCACAAGUAACCCCAACUGUCUUCAUGUCUGAGAUGGGCGACAGUUAUUAUGAUGGUUGGAAAGCAGUUAUGGGUCCUGUGAAUUCAAGGUUCUUCUGCACGUGGCAUGUUACCGAAGAUUGGAAUAAAAAUAUUCAAAACAAAAUAUCAGACCCUCAAAGUCAAGAUUAUGCCACAAAGACAUUGAAAAUUUUAAUGGAAGAGCAAGACCCAAUCAUUUUCGAAGACAUGCUGGAAAAAUGGAUGAAUGAUCUUUGUGACCCUGAACUAAAGGAAUUUGGAGAAUGGUUCAAAGUAUUCUAUGCCCCUACUCGAAAGUGUUGGGCAAAUUGUUUUCGUCUCCGGGUUGGGUUGAACACUAACAUGCACCUGGAGAGGAUGCAUAUGACUCUUGAGUAUAUUUAUAUGAAAGGCCACACUGCGAAGCGACCUGAUAAAGUAAUCCACGCUAUUAUGAGAUUAAUGCGGGAGAAACUGUUUGAGCAACUCUUGAUUUCAAAUAAAGUUUUUUCAUUUUCAGGAAAAGUAUGUAGCAAGCUGAAAGAUUUACAAAAAAGACACAAAAACAUAGAAGAACUCGUUGCUAAAAAAAUUCAGAUUAUGCAAAGAGAUGCUACUCAUUGGUCUGUAGUUUCGUCGGAUGGUGUGGAAUUAUACCGGAUUGAACUUUCUAGAAAGAGCUGUUCUUGUGAUUACAAGUGCCACGACUGCGAAACUUGCAUACAUAAAUACAUUUGUUCAUGUAUAGAUUCUUCUAUAAAAUGGAACAUGUGCAAACACAUCCAUCUGUUAUGUCAGCAUUUGAGGGCGAGUGAAGAGAUCAGGACCGAAGAACAAGCUACUGAAGAGAUCAACACGGAAGAACAGGCUACUGAUGAGAUCAACACGGAAGAACAGGCUACUGAAUUUGAAAAAUGGCCAGUUGCUGAAUCCCAGAGUUUAGUUAUUUAUGAAGAAUUUGGAGGUAAUCAAAAGGAAGGUGAACACAGUUUUUUGACGUCUCCUAGUGUUGAAGAUCGUAAAGAAGCCAUAUUGAAAAGUAUGAAAUCAAUUUUGGAAAGCAUAACAACAAAUGAAGAGUGUGAUAUACUUGAACAAUUAUUGGCACCUGUUCAAAAUACAUUGACAACAUCUGAUGAACUUAUAUAAUGAAUCUAUAAGAGUCAGAUCAUCAAAAGAUAAAUUAAAUAUUUUGUGUGAUAAAGUAAAAAAAAGAAAUAUACCUGUACAAAUAUAGUUAUUUUACAAUA